AUGCCAAAGGUUAAUAGCUACGCGCCUGCCUGGUUAUGCCGGCCCUCGCCUGGUGCCAGCAUUUUCACCAGUGCCGACGUCAAAAGCCCUGCGCAGCAAAAUGGGUCAAAGAACGCUGCUCUAAGCGCUGCGAAUCGUACAGUUGCGAAGCGAGGGAAUGAAGUCUUUGCCGUCGUCGACAACGAAAUUCGCUGGUCUGACCUUGCGCGAGUGAAGAACCGUUGGCAACAACAGGCCCGACAAAAGAAGAGCUCUACCAGUCAAGCAAAAGAUCAGGGAAGCAACGCCGAGGUCCCGCCAUACAGAGUUCUAGCGGUGCCUGUCUACGGGCUUAUCAAACAGAUCAUCCCCUCUCCGAAUGGCGCAUUCCUUGCUAUCAUCACCGAGCACACUGUUCACAUCGCUGUUCUGCCUGAUUCGUCCCGUUUAUCUUCUACAGACACCUCUCCGAUUCGGUUGAAAACCUACCAGCUUGGCCCAACCACUCAUGUCAUUCCAGAAGCCCCAGUGGUGUCUGCAUUAUGGCACCCAUUGGGCUUGCAUACAAACCUGGGCGGAUGUAUCGUCACCAUAACUGCAGAUGCGGCAGUGCGUGUGUGGGAGUUGGAUCGUAACAACCAUUGGUCCUUUGACCAACCAACCCUGGCAGUGGAUCUACGCAAGUUGGUCGACGGCAGCUCGUCUGAUCAGGACUUUGCACCCUCGGGGUUCGGCAAGAACAAAGGUUUCUCUGCCGAUAUAAUCGACAUGGAGGUUGCUUCUGCUUGCUUCGCGGGUAGUGGAAAUGAGAAAGAGGAUGCUUGGGCUCCAAUGACUCUUUGGGUUGCGAUGCGACCUGGUGACCUUUACGCGCUGUGUCCAUUACUACCGUCCAAGUGGCAAGCACCGUCUACUACCAUUCCUUCACUUUCCUCGGCCAUUGUUCCCAAAAUCACAGCCCUUGAAGGUGUCCCAGAAGAUUUGGAAGAGGAGUUGAUCGCUGCUCGACAGCAGUAUGAUUGGCUGCGGGAGAUUGAUGACCAAGAGCCUUUAGACCCUCCUUCAGAUUCGGGCAAUAUCCAGGGCGCCGAUGUCUUUACUCGACCUGCGAACCCAGGUGCUAUUCCACGUCUACAGGGCCCGUUCCGUUUCGAUGCCGGGGACGAGUUGGACGAUCUCGACCUUUGCGAUAUCCAUGUCAUUGCUGCUAGGCUGAAUGUCGAAGAUCUUAUGAUGGGCGAGGAGGAGGAGCUCGCGGUAGAGACUACUGAAACUGAUAAGCUCUCGGCAACAGUCAUUUGCUUGUCUAGUGGAAACGGCCGUGUCCACAUCUGCCUCGAGCUUGACGGUGUACAAGGCCAAUGGCUGCCAAAGGCAAAGAAGAAUUCCUUCCGCACCCCACUCUCAGAGCCGUCUGAUCUUGUUUUGGUGGAAUCGCUCGAUACUGUCAAAACAGACGGUGUAGAGUCAGUCGCUUGGCCUGUUUUCACCAAGGAUGUCCACUCGCGUUACUCCUUCUUCGUCACUACUGCUACCAAUGUAGUGUCUUUCUCCAUGUCUUCAUGGGUGCAACGCCUCGAGGCCGAGCUGCAAACAGAGGAUCCUUCUGGAUCUAGCUUUCGUCUGCAAGUCCUGUGUAGUGGAAAUGUCGCUCAAAGAGAGCGUAUCCUACAGGUUUCGGAGUCCGAUAUCACACCCCAGAAAGAACAUCUUGCCGCUUCUCUGGUUUUCUUUGAUUUCGAUCUAGGCUAUCUCCUAUUAACCUACUACCCCUCAAAUCCCUACGCGGCUGUCAUGGACUCUCCAGAAGAUUCGUUUUCUUCCGCUUUGGACUUCCAUCUGUCUGAACAGCGAGUGUCUCUUCCGGGGUCGCCUGCAGCACUACCUCGACGGGCACCCUACCAAGUUCCGGCUAUUCUUUACGCAAAAUCUCCAUUGGACUCUUUUGUCGAUAAACACGUUCCACAUCGCCAACGCCAUACUCUCAAGGAGCAAGUCCGCUUGUCCCCAGCAACCCUUGAUCUUGUGACCACCGCUCAUCGUGUCCUUUCGGCGCAUACUAACGCACUGGAAAGAGCCGCAUCGGAUCUUUUCCGCCGAUGUGAACGAUUGCAAGGUGAGAUGAAAGAUCAGUUGAAACAAUUGUCUGAUGUUGCAGAGCGCAUUCAGGGCGUGACAAGCGAGAUCGAUGAAGAUGGCAAGCGAAAGGAGGGCAGCCGCAACGGAGAUACCCUAGACAAGAGAUUGCAGGCCGCAAGUGACAGGCAAACGGAACUCGCACAGCGAUAUGACGCUCUGCGUAAGAAGGUUAUUAAUUCAGGCGGCCGUCCCCUGAGUGAGAAAGAGAAAGCUUGGGCUAUCGAGGUGAAUACCUUGUCAGAGUCUAUUGAUGAUCAAAAAUCGAAGAACGAAGAGAACCAGCUUCUUGCCGAACGUUUAGAGACCGUUAAACAACUUGCCCGUGACCUUAUGACUGAGACUAAAUCCAUUGCCGGCAAAUCUUCCGUGUCUCCUGAGCCUAGCAGCCCAUCUUCUCCGGGAGGUGCUCAACCUAAGGUUCCACAACGUCUCCAGCGCCAGAGGGUAGCAGAUGCCAUGAAAAUGGUCGAACGAGAGUCUGCUGUCAUCGACGCUAUUACCUCUCGCCUAGAGCGUCUCAAUACGAGUCUCUGA